AUGGAGAUGCUACCGAUUCUCUCCCAGGCUCAAGUGCUUGUCGAAAAUGAGAUGAUGUGCAAUGUAAGGAAUCCAGCGGAAAUAUUACCAUUGAUGAACAGAUGGUUGGAGGAGUAUAGCAAUAUAACGAGCGAAGAGUUGAAUCAACUCCAUAUAGUAACUAAGAAGUCGAUUGAAACUAAAUAUUUGAUAGCGCAGAGAAUGUCUUUCUUAUGUGAGGAAAUAAAGCGUUUGUUGCAAAUAAUAGAACGUGCUGCUUCUUCAACAAGUAGCCAAACUACGAAUGCAGAUGAUACUGGAAGCACUAGUAGCGGCUCUUCUACUUCGGAGAGCGCGUUGCCAAAUAUUGUGGCAUCGCCCAAACCAGCUGACCAAUUGAAUGAUGAUGUGCCAAGUACAAGCCGUUCCUGUUACACAACGCCGACUCGUUGGUCUAAUGGAAAUAUCAACACGGUACGUCGCAUCACUUAUGAAAAUCCUUAUUGCGCAGAUCCACGUAAACGUGUGCUCAGAGAAAUGAAUGGAGAAGCUAACCUAAGUGGAGCAUCAACAUCAACAAAUAUACAAUGCGAAGAUCAUGCAGCUUCCAGUAGUGGAUCUUCUGGCACAACUUCAACUGAAAAUUCCAACAACAGUAUUGUUGACAGCGGUAACAACAGAAAUGUGCUAAAUGGCACAGAAGAAGCUUCCAGUAGUGGAUCUUCUGUCACAACUUCAACUGAAAAUUCCAACAACAGUAUUGUUGACAGCGGUAACAACAGAAAUGUGCUAAAUGGCACAGAAGAAACUUCCAGUAGUGGAUCUUCUGGCACAACUUCAACUGAAAAUUCCAACAACAGUAUUGUUGACAGCGGUAACAACAGAAAUGUGCUAAAUGGCACAGAAGAAACUUCCAGUAGUGGAUCUUCUGUCACAACUUCAACUGAAAAUUCCAACAACAGUAUUGUUGACAGCGGUAACAACAGAAAUGUGCUAAAUGAUACAGAAGAAACUCAAUCAACCAAUAGCUCGAAUGUCGCUGAAUCUGUUGCUGCAUACGAAACGGUUGCUACAAGUGCUGAAACCAGUACUGCCAGCACGAACAAUACCGGCAGUAUGAGCACAACAAUACCUGCUCUCUCGCCACCCAUGGCAUCUUCGACGCCUAUGCCAAUGCCAUCACCGCCCACAGCAGAGAACGCUGUCCACUGCACAGUGAUCGGUCCGAAUGGCACAAAAGUGCCCACCGAAAAAUUCAAUGCCAUCUCAUUCACGUCUUCGUCUGCGGCCACUCGCAGCUUACUUUGCAUGCUUUUUCCGGAGGAAGUACUAGCCACACAUACACUUAGUGGUAAGCCUUCGCCAGCAUUUUUGGGAAACGAUCGUGUACGCCCGCAAAAGGGUCAAUUGGAUCCGAAAAAGGUUGAAGAUAUCAUGCAUUGUGUGAUGUCUCGCACAUCUUGUUCCGACAAGGAGGUACGCAUGACAAUCACCACUAAAUGCGCCGAUAGCACAAAGAAGUUUAGACGUCUCAGUAAGACUCCAAGGCGCAAUAAUUGA